GGUUCUAAGAGAACACAUCACCAUGUCAGUGAGGAAUCAAAGCUUUGUGACAGCGUUUGUCAUCGUUGGGUUCCCUGGACUUCAGCCAGAGUUCUACGGUCUUGCCUCAACUGUAUUAUUCCUCGUUUAUUGCUGCAUUUUAAUAGGAAAUGUUGUUGUUAUUAUCUUGUUCGCAACUCAUAACGUUCUCCAUAAACCCAUGUAUUUUAUCAUUUUGAAUCUGGUUGUGUCUGACGUGCUAUUCAGCACCACCACUUUACCAAAGAUUAUUGCCAGAUAUUGGUUUCAGGCAGGAGCAAUUUCUUUCUUUGGUUGUUUUUUGCAAAUGUACUUAGUUCACUAUUUUGGAUCCGUAACUAGCCUUCUCCUAUUGAUAAUGGCUUUAGACCGAUACGUGUCAAUCUGUUUCCCGCUCAGAUACCCAAUGAUUAUCAACAACUCCACUAUUCAUAUACUCAAUGUCACUGCGUGGGUGCUUGCACACCUUCCCUCUCUUUCAAUGGUAAUUAGGGCCUAUCCUCUUCCUUACUGUGACUCAAACAAAAUCAUGCAGUGCUACUGUGAUCAUAUCGCUAUAACAACGCUUGCAUGCACUGAUAGGGUUCCUUAUAGUUUUCCUGCUUUUGUUGUAGCAAUGGUGGUAUUACUGGGACCUCUUGCUUUCAUUAUAUUCUCAUAUUGCUCUAUUAUUGUGGCAGUUGUUCAGAUUGCGAGCCCCCAAGGCCGCCUCAAAACCCUUUCUACCUGCAGUGGUCAGCUGAUCAUCAUUGCCCUGUAUUAUCUCCCCAGGUGUUUUAUUUAUCUGGCCAGUAACAUCGGCAUUAGAUUCAGCACUGAUUUACGUAUUGUUGUUAUCAUGUUGUAUAGCCUGCUCCCUCCCAUGAUCAAUCCACUGAUUUACUGUCUAAGAACUGAUGAAAUAAAACAGAUAAUGAUCAAGCGAUUUAGACGAAUACAAGUGCACGUUCAAUAA